GCCCGUCCGGCCGCCAUGCCCUACGUGGAGCUGGACACCAGCCUGCCCGCCGCCCGGCUGCCCGGCGGCCUGAGCCAGCGCCUGUGCGCCGCGACCGCGGCCGUGCUGGGCAAGCCCCAGGACAGAGUCAAUGUGAUUGUGAGGCCAGACCUCACCAUGAUCCUGGGUGGUUCAGGGGACCCCUGUGCCCAGCUCACAGUCUCCUCCAUUGGCGUGGUUGGCACAGCGGAGCAGAACCGGGACCACAGCGCCAAGUUCUUUGAGUUCCUCACCAAGGAACUGAGCCUGAGUCAGGACCGAAUUAACAUUCGGUUCUACCCCCUGGAGCCCUGGCAAAUUGGCAAGCAGGGCACAGUGAUGACGUUUCUGUAAGCAGCCCAGAGAUGGUGCUGAUGGACCAGCCGAGUUUCUGCCCCAGCACAAACCAAGGAUCUCUUGAGGACAUGCAGAAUAAAAUGGAGACCUGUG